AUGGGUAUUCUCAACUUAAGAUUCCUUUACGUUCCUAGAUACGCCUCUUGGGCUCAUCAUCCGGGGUCUCUGGACUACCACAAGGCAAGGGACAUGGAUAGCUUGGACGAGAAUUUGGACGUGAAACUCGUUGAUCAAGAUGAUUUGGAAACGUCCAUUACCAAGAAGGCAAACCAGGCCUUGAUCAAUAAAGAAACAGAGCUAGACGAGAAGCGAUUGCAAAAAGCAACCUCAGACUUGGACAAGACGGUCAAGAGAAUAAAUCUUCUUCAGAAACGUUUGGAUAAUCCACGUACCAAGCUUUCACAAAGGAAACUGUUGAAAGAUGAAAUUCAAUGGCUCAAUGAAAAUGAGCUUGUUCCAAGACAGCAAGAUGUGGAUGAUAUAAAGGGAAGGCUUCGAGACAAUCGAGAACUGCUUCAGGAUGAGCCUUUGGCAGGGUCAAAUGAAAGAUUGGCAGGAGAAUCUGAGCGUGAUUUCCUUAUACGAACGGGUAAGAUCACUGCGUUUGGAAAUACCACGGCAUUUGCAGCCGAAGAACAAGACUCUAGAUCCCAUCAGCACUUACGAGCUCCAGGAUUCAGUGAUGCUGAGCAAGCUGUAAGUGCAACAGAAGUGCCAAAGAGAAGUCUUAGUAUAAAAAGCGAAGAUGAAGACGAGAUUCCCGUGAAGAAACGGACAAGAAAGGCGCUUGAUCUGGAGUCUGAGUACGAGGAUAAUGGUGAAUCAGAUGAUAACGCAGGCGACGACUUUGCAGACCUUAAUGAAGAUAUUGUGGAAGAACUUAUAGAUGCUGAUACAGAUGCGGGAGCCGUCGAGAUGUCUCUUAGUCUGCGAAAUGUGGACGAUGGUGAUGAGUUGGUGUAUCAACUGCGUCUUCAAGAAUGGACUCAACGAAGAUCUCAACUACGGAAGGAGAAGUCUUCGAAUGAAGUUGAUUCAGACCUUCCCGAAUGGCGCUUACCGCAUCCUACUAUCCCUGAUGCUGUACUUAACGACAAUUUCAAGCUUCCAGGUGAUAUCUAUCCUUCGUUGUUUGACUACCAGAAGACAUGCGUCCAAUGGCUUUGGGAAUUAUACUCUCAGAAGACUGGUGGAAUCAUUGGAGAUGAGAUGGGUCUAGGUAAGACAAUCCAGGUGAUUGCAUUCUUGGCUGGACUUCAAUACUCUGGUCGUCUUGAUAAACCUAUAUUGCUUGUUGUCCCUGCUACUGUCAUGAACCAGUGGGUGAAUGAGUUUCAUCGCUGGUGGCCACCAUUUCGCUGCGUUAUUCUCCAUAGUAUUGGGUCUGGAAUGAGCAAGAGCUCAAUCAAAACGGAACAGCAGUUGGAAGCUCAUCUAGAAGACGCAGACGCAGAUUUUGAUGCACAGAUAAGCAUGAAGUCAGCCAAUAACCAAGCCAAUGCAAAAGCCAUUGUUGAUAGAGUGAUGGAGAAGGGCCAUGUUUUGGUUACGACAUAUGUGGGACUUCGAAUUUACUCAAAGCAUAUCCUUCCAAAGGAAUGGGGGUACGUCGUCUUGGAUGAAGGCCAUAAGAUUCGUAACCCAAAUUCUGAAAUCUCCCUUGCAUGCAAACGGGUCAAGACAUACAACAGAAUCAUUUUGUCGGGAACCCCGAUACAGAAUAACUUGACCGAACUUUGGUCAUUGUUUGACUUUGUUUUCCCUGGACGUCUAGGGACAUUACCUGUCUUUGAGCAGCAGUUUGCCAUUCCGAUUAACAUGGGUGGCUAUGCAAAUGCUUCGAAUGUCCAGGUUCAGACAGGUUACAAAUGUGCUGUGAUCCUUCGUGAUCUCAUUUCGCCGUAUCUUCUUAGGCGAUUAAAGGUCGAUGUCGCCCAAGACCUUCCAAAGAAGAAUGAGAUGGUUCUAUUUGUGAAACUCACGCAAUACCAACAGAAUCUUUAUGAGAAAUUCUUAGGUAGUGAAGACGUUAAUGCCAUUCUCAAAGGCAAGAGAAACGUUCUCAUGGGUGUCGAUAUGUUGAGAAAGAUUUGCAACCAUCCUGAUCUCAUAGAUAGAGAGAUGUUGCUUCGAAAGAAGGGUCAUAACUACGGAAACCCCACGAAGUCAGGAAAGAUGCAAGUGUUAAAGAAUCUCCUACAACUUUGGCAAAAGGAGGGCCAUCGCACUCUCGUCUUCUGUCAAACAAAGCAAAUGCUUGAUAUUUUGGAGAAAUUCGUGGCAAACAUGCGAAGAGUUGACGUUCAGAAUGAUCAAAUUGUGGAAGAGGAUUACUUUCAUUACCUUCGUAUGGACGGAUCGACUCCAAUAGGCAAAAGACAAACCCUUGUUGAUUCAUUCAACAAUAACAAAUACUUUGACUGCUUUUUGCUUACAACUAAAGUUGGUGGAUUGGGUGUCAAUCUCACCGGUGCUGAUCGAGUGAUCAUUUACGAUCCUGACUGGAACCCUUCCACCGAUAUCCAAGCCCGAGAAAGAGCAUGGCGUUUAGGUCAGACGAAGGAUAUCACGAUCUAUAGGUUGAUGACGGCAGGAACAAUCGAAGAAAAGAUCUACCACAGACAAAUCUUUAAAACGUUCUUGACGAAUAAGAUUCUUAAAGACCCUAAGCAAAGAAGGUUCUUCAAGAUGAAUGAUCUUCACGACUUGUUUAGUCUAGGCGACCCACAAGAAAAGGGAACUGAAACCGGUGACAUGUUCAGUGGAAGUGAAAAGACUUUCAGAGGUAACAAAACUAGAAAAUCUACGCAGUUGAAUAAGCUGGAACACAAGAACGAUGACGAUCUAUACCAAGUUGCCAGUAUAAUGGGUGUCUCUAAGUUGGACAACUAUGUUGGUGAUGAAGAAAAAGAAGACGACAAAUCUAAGGAUGAAAGUCGUUUAAUGGAGGGUAUUUUUGCCAAUGCUGAGGUGGUUCAUAGUACCUUGCAGCAUGACGAAAUCAUAAACUCUAAUCAGCAAGAGGUUAGCAUUGUUGAAAAAGAGGCUGCAAGGGUUGCGAAAGACGCUGCUGAAGCACUUAAAAGAUCUAGAAUUCUGGCUAGAUCAAAUACAGUGGGUACCCCAACGUGGACAGGAAAGUUUGGUGUUGCCGGCAGGUUCGGGCCAAAGAGUAAAAACGGAGACGGCAGUAGCCGUGGCGGAACAAAGUCACCCUCUCAGUCGCCGGCUCCUGGUGCCUCCAGUGCAAUCUCUUCAACAUCUAUUUUGAAUCAAUUGAGGCAAAAGAAGGCUAAUAAUGAAGGCGCUGUCAAAUCAACAGGAAAACGCAAGAAGCUUACAGAGGACGAUAAGCAGAAAUUACUUGAGCAUUUGAUACAGUUUUUGCAGAAACAGCCCGAGGGAUUCAGCAAAUCUGACACUAUACUCAAAGCGCUCCCUAAAACAGUGAACCUCAAAGAUGAGAAAGAGAUGAUCUCGGUUAGAUCGUUACUUCGAGAGGCUGCAACCUGGGAUGCAACACAAAAGGGGUGGAGGCUCAAAGAGACGUUUCUCGAGUAG